ACUACCUGCAGUACCAGCUUUGGGAUACUGCGCAGGCCUUCGCCAGCUCUCUGUCGGGGACUCUGGCCACUCAGGCGUCACUUAAAGGCGUCGGUGUUGGAAACCAGGAAGCAACAGUGGCCGCAGCCACCGUAACGUGGUUGUUAAGAGAUGGAACCAGCAUGCUGGGACGGAUCCUCUUCGCCUGGUUUAAAGGGAACAAGUUGGACUCUGAGGCCAAGAAAUGGAGACGUUCUCAAUGAUAUUGCCAUGUUCAUGGAAGUACUGGCCCCGUUCUUUCCUGCAUGGUUCACCAUGAUAGUGUGCACGUCAGGCAUAUUCAAGUCUGUGGUUGGCGUGGCGGGCGGGGCCACCAGAGCCGCUCUGACCGUUCAUCAAGCUCGCCGAGACAACAUGGCUGACAUCUCUGCCAAAGACGGCAGUCAGGAGACUUUGGUGAACCUGGCGGGGCUUCUGGUCAGUCUGAUCCUCAUCCCGCUCGUCACGGAUAAUCCUGUAUUGACCCUCAGCCUCUUCUGCGUCUUCACGGCCCUCCACCUCUUUGCCAACUACAAGGCUGUUCGUUCGGUCGUCAUGGAAACGCUCAAUGAGGCGCGUCUCGCUAUCGUGCUGCAGCACUUCCUCCAAGAUGGACGCAUCCUGAGUCCAGCAGAGGCCAACCGGAAAGAACCGGUUCUAUUGGAGUUUAGGAAAACUGUGCCUAUCAAACUUGGUGUGAGGCUUCAGGAAGUUGUCCAAAGCCCAGAGGAGCUCAGUUUGGCUUUUAAGAAAAACAACAACACGCCCUUCCUGUUGGCCGUCACAAAUGGCUGCGUAUGUGUGUGUCUGGGAGCGCAAGCAUGCACGCAAGAUGAAAUCAGAGCAAUGUGUCAAGCCAUCUGGAUUAGCGACGAGUUGACAGCUUGCACAGAACUACCAGAGAAACAUCCAGAUCUCGUGCACGAGAGCCACAAGUUGAUGGACGCUGUGUUCAGCCAAUUUGUCCAAGGUGUGGAAGCUGCCGGCUGGGAUGUGAAAAGAACGCUGCUGGACUGGGAUGAGUGGAGGCUGGAAUUGAAAACCAAAAGCAGCUGAGUCGUGCUGAUUUACAGCAGUGUUUGUCAAACAAAUGUCACUGAAUGAGUCAUUCUUAGCUUUGUAUACAUUUAUACAUUAAAACGUAUC